CGGAUUCUCCCCCCCUUCUGCAGACCGGGCCGCGACCCCGGAGUUCCUCUCCGCCGCUGACACGCGUGCACACGCUCGCCAGUCCGCUGCACGCCCGGGCGGUUAUAUUUUUAUUUAUUUUUUGUAGGCCCCGCACGCCGCCGUGCGCGCGAUCCGGUUCGGCCAUGGCGCAGCCCGCAUGAAGGACGCGUAGUGCGCACCGGAUAAACCGGGAGACAAAUACACCUCGGCGAGGAAACGGUGUUUUCGCCCCCCCCCCCCCUGUGAUUCUCUCUGUCUCUCUUGGCCGCGGGACGCAGCGAGGGAUCCCCGAACCUCCCUCUGUGGGUGCGGCGUAAACAGGGCCAGCAGCAGCAGCCAUGAUGGAUGCGGCGGAGUGCGGGGUGCGGGUGAUGUGCCGCUUCAGGCCCCUGAACGAGUCCGAGAUCAACCGGGGGGACAAGUACAUCCCCAAAUUCAAGGACGACGACACGGUGGUCAUAACGAGUAAACCCUACGUGUUCGACCGAGUGCUGCCUCCCAACACGUCCCAGGAGCAGGUGUACGACCAGUGCGCCAAACAGAUCGUCAAAGAUGUGCUGGGCGGCUACAACGGGACCAUCUUCGCCUACGGACAGACGUCCUCCGGGAAGACACACACCAUGGAGGGCAAACUGCACGACCACCAGCUGAUGGGAAUCAUCCCUCGCAUCGCCCACGACAUCUUUGACCACAUCUACUCCAUGGACGAGAACCUGGAGUUCCACAUCAAGGUUUCCUAUUUCGAGAUCUACUUGGACAAGAUCAGAGACCUGCUGGAUGUGUCGAAGACCAACCUGGCUGUGCACGAAGACAAAAACAGAGUUCCCUACGUGAAGGGUUGCACCGAGCGGUUCGUGUCCAGUCCAGAGGAGGUCAUGGACGUCAUCGACGAGGGCAAAAACAACCGCCACGUGGCCGUGACUAACAUGAACGAGCACAGCUCCCGCAGCCACAGCAUCUUCCUCAUCACCAUCAAGCAGGAGAACAUGGAGACGGAGAAGAAGCUGUCGGGGAAGCUCUACCUGGUGGACCUGGCGGGCAGCGAGAAGGUCAGCAAGACGGGGGCCGAGGGGGCCGUGCUGGACGAGGCCAAGAACAUCAACAAGUCCCUGUCGGCGCUGGGGAACGUCAUCUCGGCGCUGGCCGAGGGAACGAAGUCCCACGUGCCGUACAGGGACAGCAAGAUGACCCGCAUCCUGCAGGACUCGCUGGGGGGGAACUGUCGCACCACCAUCAUCAUCUGCUGCUCGCCGUCCGUCUACAACGAGGCCGAGACCAAGUCCACGCUCAUGUUCGGGCAGAGAGCCAAGACCAUCAAGAACACGGUGUCCGUGAACCUGGAGCUGACGGCCGAGGAGUGGAAGAAGAAAUACGAGAAGCAGAAGGAGAAGAACAAGAGCCUGAAAGGCGUCAUCCAGAGGUUGGAGGCGGAGCUGAACCGCUGGAGGAACGGGGAGGACGUCCCCGAGGAGGAGCAGCUGAGCCCCAAAGAUCAGAAGAGCGUCGAGCCGUGCGACAACACGCCCGUGAUCGACAACCUGCUGCCGCCGGACGGAGGCGUCUCCGCGUUCGGGGACGAGGGCGGCAAAUACGAGGAGGACAUCAGCAACCUGUACAAGCAGCUGGAUGACAAGGAUGAUGAGAUUAACCAACAUAGUCAGCUGGCGGAGAAACUCAAGGAGCAGAUGAUGGACCAGGAGGAGCUGCUGGCGUCGACGAGGCGCGACUACGAGAAGAUCCAGGAGGAGCUGUGUCGGCUGCAGGCGGAGAACGAGAUGGCCAAGGAGGAGGUGAAGGAGGUGCUGCAGGCCCUGGAGGAGCUGGCCGUCAACUACGACCAGAAGAGCCAGGAGGUGUCUGAGAGGGAUCAGAGCAACCUGCAGCUGAUGGAGGAGCUGCAGCAAAAGACGGCGCUGCUGGCGGCCGUGCAGAGGGAGCUGAGUCAGCUGCAGGAGCUGAACGGCCUCCAGAGGAAGAGAGCCGCCGAGGUCCUCAACCUGCUGCUGCGCGACCUCAGCGAGAUCGGCGCCAUCGUCGGCACGAGCGACGUGAAGAUCAGCGCGUCCUCAGAGACGAAGGGCAACGGCUCGGCGGUGGAGGAGGAGUUCACCAUCGCUCGCCUCUACAUCAGCAAGAUGAAGUCCGAGGUCAAGUCGCUGGUGAACCGCGGCAAGCAGCUGGAGAGCGCUCAGGCCGACGCCCACCGCAAGAUCCAGGCCAAUGAGAAGGAGCUGGCGUCCUGUCAGCUGCUCAUCUCCCAGCACCAGGCCAAGAUCAAGUCCCUGACCGACUACAUGCAGAACAUGGAGCAGAAGAAGAGGCAGCUGGAGGAGAGUCAGGACGCUCUGACCGAGGAGCUCACCAUCCUGCAGGCUCAGGAGAAAAGACACGAGGCGUUGGGGAAGGAGAAGGAGAAGGAGGACAUCGGUAGACCGGGUGGAGACGACGACAUCAAGAAAACGCUGGAGGAGCAGCUGGAGAACCACCGGGAGGCCCACCAGAAGCAGCUGAGCCGCCUGCGAGACGAGCUCGAAGACAAGCAGCGGGUGCAGGACGAGCUCACAGACCUGAACCAGCGCCUGCUGUUGGAGCAGGAGAGACUCGCGUCGGACUACGACAAACUGAAGGCCGAGGAGCAGGAGAAGGAUGCAAAGCUCCAGAAGCUCAUACUGCUGCAGGAGGAGAGCGAGCAGGCCAGGGAGGACCUGAAGGGCUUGGAGGAGACUGUGGCCAAAGAGCUGCAGACGCUGCACAACCUGCGCAAACUCUUUGUUCUGGAUCUCACGGCGCGGGUCAAGAAGAGUGCAGAGCUGGACUGUGAGGAGGGAAUAGGAAACAUGGCCCAGAAACAGAAGAUCUCCUUCCUGGAGAACAACUUGGAACAGCUCACCAAGGUCCACAAGCAGCUGGUUCGGGACAACGCGGACCUUCGCUGCGAGCUGCCCAAGCUGGAGAAGCGACUGAGGGCCACGGCCGAGCGGGUCAAGGCCCUGGAGAACGCCCUGAAGGAGGCCAAGGAGAGCGCCAUGAGGGACCGCAAGCGCUACCAGCAGGAAGUGGACCGCAUCAAAGAGGCCGUCCGGGCCAAGAACAUGGCCAGGAGGGGGUUCUCUGCGCAGAUCGCAAAGCCCAUCCGACCCGGCCACCACCCGCCGUCAUCCCCCAUCUGCAGCUCCAUCAGAACCAGCGCCGUCUACGCCCACAAAUAAAGCCGCCAUUCACCCCAAACAUGACAUCAAAUGUUGCACAAUCUUCCUGCAGACUGAACAACUGAAGCAUGCUGGAACCACAAGCCCCGCCCCCUCCUGCUGGAGCACCAAUGGGAGGCCAUCACCACAGACCGUCACCGGCCCGAGAGGAAAGAGCCACGGUGUAUUUACUCGUGAGGUGUGAACACGUUUCAUUUGACAUCAGAGGCCUCAUUUAGAAAAUGUCCCGUAUUAUGCCUUCAGGAAGAAGAAAAAAGCUUUGAGCGUUGUGAUUCUCCUGAUUACAUUUGUAUUUAUAUUCAUGUUGCAUAAUUACAAGUAAUCUGUAAAUGAGGCCCUGAUUGAGAAUCAGCUGACUGGUUGUGAUUGUGACUUUCCAAAGAUGGACGGGCGGAAUGUUAAGGGUUAUUAAUUCCUCAUUUAAAAGAAACAUUUCAUAUUUUUCUUUUAGAUUCACACCAAUAUCAACGAGCAGAAUGGUAUCAAUCAUAAGAAAAAGCAAACGUGUCCCAAAAAGCACUCCUUUAAGAAGGACGUGUCUUUGAGUUUUCUCACCUUGACGAAGUUGAAGGUCACAGCUGGUUAUAAUCAGUGCACAUUGUGCACACACACACACACACACACACACACACACACACACCCUCGCUGAUGCCUGGUAUCGAUGCGAAUGUGCCGGAGUGUUAGCCAUUUGUUGGACAUUUUCCCAGUUACUUCUUUCGUCCCCCAAUAGGUGACAAUCAUCAAAAAAAAAGAGAGCCCCCCCCCCCCCGCCGAGAUGCGUUUAAUGACCGUGGGCCUCCGUGACAGAGCGUUGCUUCUCGUUAGUGAUGGAGUGUGUCUGUAAGAGCCGCAGGGACACUGACCAGCCAAUCAGACGCUCCCGGCUCCGUAUGGUUGAAUGACGCCUCCAGUCCCACUAAACCCUGUAGAGCUCCUGAUCAGCCAAUCAGAGACCUUCAAAAACGGGGCGAUGACACAUCAAUGUACUUCCCAAAAUUCAUCAACCAUGGAAAAAGUCGGCUUUUCCCUCUGCCACACCUUGUGCCUUUAGAAACACCUGAACGUAUACGUGUAUUAUUUCCACGGGUAAAAACACCUUAACAACAGGUUAACUCCCACUUCCUAAAUUUAAAGCUAAAAGAUUGUGAUCGCUGAGACGAUCAGAGACACAUCUGGCGUUUCUGGAUCUUCUGAAGCGACCAAAGGGGAAACGUUCAAGGUGGCAGCACUCUGCAGAUCAUCAGCAUCUUUGUGUCACGUGUGAUAGUUUGUACAUGAUGAUUUAAUGAAUGUACCUGCAUGUUAAAGGCAUGCUCAGGGAGGACACGCUGGCCUCAUUUACCUCAUAACGCUGUACAUUUUGUUGGUAAAAGGCUUUUUCGGUUGUUCGUUUUGGCAUCGUGUCUCUGAAUAUAACGUCAUCUGAUACAAUUAAAAUGAAUAUUAAUCUAAAAUUGA